GACCUAUUACUCGGAUUCGUCGAAUCUCUGUAAUGCUGGACUCGUCCCAUCCUUAUGUAUUAUGCGUGGAGUCUGAAAAUUUCUCGUAAUAAAUGUACUAAAAUUUAGGUGCAUAUUAUCUAUGGUUGCAUAUUAUGUAAGGAGAAAUACGGUAGUAGUUUCCAAAAAAUUUUUAAUUUCUGAUUGAAAGACAGCAAAUUUCCAACGUUAUUUUUCUAUAUAAAGACAAAGAUGAUCUUCCCAAUCUAGCCACAGUUAAAGAUGCUCGUUGUUUUUAAUUUUUAAAAUCCAUUUUUUCUGUAUCUAACCAAAGAUUACCUACUUGCUAGCAUUAUGUUUGCAUUUUCAAAUCUAUAUUUCCUAUGCUAAUCCAAUGAUCACCUGUUAACUAGCCAUAUAUGGCUUAGUUUCACGAUACAUUCGGUUCUUUAUUUAUCCAAAGAUUCUCUGAUUUACUUUAUAUAUAUAUCAGACUCAGUAUGUUGUACUUUUUAUGUUAAAUCAUAUUCAAAUAUCACAUGUUCUAUACUUGCAGCCUAAAAUCAACAUUUGUAGAGAAUCAUGUGAUAUUGUGAUUAAAUGGGAAUGUCAAGGUUUCGUGGAGCACUUCAACGUUCAAAAAUUUUGUGACGAUGAAAUGCUUGGUGACCAGCUUCGAACCGAAGAGCCAUACUUGAGAAUUGAAUCUCCUGAUCCUACUAAAUACUAUCACGUUGAAGUUCAUGCCUGGAAUAGUUCAGAAGGUUUUACAUUCACAAUCGCUUCAGAAAAGCUAAGGAUUUGCGAGGAGAUUGACAAAGAUGUCUUGUUAGAUGAAUCGCGACCUUUAAGAAAAGGUUAUAUGGUGUAUGAGGGAUAUUUGGGAGGUGCUUCCCAAAAAUUGGAAAAAGUUGCGAUCAAAUUACUAAUGGGGGGGAAUGAGGAAAAGCUGCAUAAAGAAAUAGAUAACAAUCAGAAACUUCUUAGCCAUCGUAACACAGUUCUUUAUAGAAAAUCUGGGAAAGUAGUUGGAAUUGGGCACUCUGUAUAUAUUGUUGUUGAACUUUGUGAUACCGAUACAUUAUAUGAACUGGUAUUGAAUAAAACACUGGAAAUGGACCGAAAAGAUGUUCUAAAGCAGAUAACGCAAGGACUAUGCCAUAUUCAUGGUAAUGAGAUUGCUCAUAGAGACCUGAAGCCACAGAAUAUCUUGCUCUCUCAAGAUAAAAAAAAUAUGAAAAUCGCUGAUUUUGGACUCAGUAAGGAGAUUAUACCCAACAAAUCCAAAUUUUCAAAAUCUGGGAGAGAGAUUGGCACUGAUGGAUGGGGUUCACCAGAGCAUUACAAAGGAAAUACAAUGUCUUAUAAAUCGGACAUUUAUUCCGCUGGACUCGUGUUUUAUUUCAUAUUGUCAGACGGUAAACAUGUCUUUGGGGAUAAAGAAUAUCUAUGGAAGCCCAGGAUAAUUGAUAAUGCUGAUCCUCUUCUUAGUGGGAUAAUGGGUCUGGAUGCUGAACUUGCCAAAGAUUUAAUAAAGAAGAUGAUCAGCUUCAAAGCAGAUUCUCGUCUGACUGGUAAUGAAGUUUUAUUGCAUCCCUACUUUUGGACAAGCAACAAAAAAUUGGAUUUUUUGAAUGAAGUGAAGAAGUAUUUGUAUCCUUUUAUUCUCAAUAAAAAGUCAGAUGCAAUUGGAGAGCAUAUUAUUGAGAGAAUACGAAAAGAUAGCAAAUUAUUCAUAAACUUCAACACUGGCAAUGGCAAGCUUGGUUGGCUUUCGACAAUUCGACAGAAUCGGUCAUAUAUGACACCAGAAGCUCUGUUUGAACUCGGAUAUAUAGCAAAGGGAGGUUUCAGAGGGAUAAGAUAUGAUCAUUCUUGUCCUAUUCAUUUGAUUAGAUUUAUUCGGAACAUUGACGAGCAUUUUCAAGAAAAUAUGAAUCUGGCGACUAUGCUUAAAUCCAGAGAGGCUGUAUGGGAACUGUUUUAUGAUUUAUUCCCGGAGCUUUUCUGUGUCGUCUACAAUUCUCUUUCUGACGGCAUGAACAGUGCUGCUCGUGCAGUGCCGCUUGUACAGUUUCCAACAGAGCUACAAAAGUAUUUUUUGAUAGAGUUGUGUACCUAAUUACAGCUCCUUUAGCUCUGCCUUGUGUUUGGGGAUCCAUAUGUACUGAUUGUAUUCUUGCAAAGUCCUGUACCACACUUUUACUUGUAAACUGCUUUCCUGAGAAACUCAGAUUUUGGCCAAUUGGAAUGUUACUGAAUAAAAAUUGUGAAUGUAUGACCUUUGACCCCACUCAACAAUAAUCUUGAGAAAAUUUUUAAGUAGGACCUUGGGUAAAAAUCUACCAACUUAACCAGUUGAAGCAACCUCGUAAACAAGCCAAUGCUGCUAUUUUAC